AUGCCGUCCAGCAGACAUGAAGGAACAGCUCUCCCGUGGACGAUUCCUUUGAGAGAGCUGAUAUUAGUGGCUAGACUUGAUGUAGGAGAGCGAAGUCUCAGCAAGUCACCAGGAAAACGGCCAUCGGAUUUUUCGACUUCUGUGAGAUCGAGUAGGAGCCGCCGAGAUAGUUCGAUGGAUAGCAGCCGGCAUGGCGGUGAUUCUAUGUCGGUAUCGAUUUCACGUAGAAAACCUCGCACGAAGGUUUGA